AUGAGCGCCUCACUUGCUGUGCCGGGUGGCAUCUCUGACCCGGCGCUCAUCACUCUCGUGAACAAGCUUCAGGAUGUCUUUGCAACCGUCGGCGUCAACAACCCCAUCGACCUGCCCCAGAUUGCCGUCGUGGGCAGUCAGUCGAGUGGAAAGUCCUCGGUGUUGGAGAAUAUCGUCGGGCGCGACUUCUUGCCCCGUGGUGCCGGUAUCUGCACGCGACGACCGCUCGUACUCCAGCUCAUCAACCGCCCGGCCCAGGAAAACGGUGUGAAAGAAGAGGAGGCCAUCAACACGGACACGGACAAGGCGGCCAACAGGGACGAGUGGGGAGAGUUCCUGCACAUUCCCGGACAGAAGUUUUUUGACUUUCAUAAGAUUCGCGAGGAGAUUGCGAGAGAGACAGACGCCAAGACAGGACGAAAUGCCGGUAUCUCGGCCGCCCCCAUCAACCUCCGAAUCUACUCGCCCAACGUCCUCACACUGACAUUGGUCGAUCUGCCCGGUCUCACCAAAGUGCCUGUGGGCGACCAGCCGCGGGAUAUCGAGCGUCAGAUUCGCGAAAUGGUUCUCAAGUACAUUGGCAAGUCCAACGCCAUCAUCCUCGCGGUCACGGCGGCCAACAUCGACCUGGCCAACUCGGACGGUCUGAAGCUAGCGCGCGAGGUCGAUCCCGAGGGUCAACGGACGAUUGGUGUGCUCACAAAGGUCGAUCUGAUGGAUGAAGGCACCGAUGUCAUUGACAUCCUGAGCAACCGUGUCAUCCCCCUGCGUCUCGGCUACGUCCCUGUGGUCAACCGUGGCCAGCGCGACAUUGACAACAAAAAGGCGAUCAACGCGGCGCUGGAGGCUGAGAAGAACUUUUUCGACAACCACAAGGCCUAUAGGAAUAAGAGCUCGUACUGUGGAACGCCUUAUCUGGCCCGGAAACUCAACCUCAUCUUGAUGAUGCACAUCAAGCAGACCCUGCCCGACAUCAAGGCCCGCAUCUCCAGCUCGUUGCAAAAGUACAGCUCUGAGCUCGAGAGCCUGGGUCCGUCGAUGCUGGGCAACAGCGCCAACGUGGUUCUCAACAUUAUCACCGAGUUUACGAACGAGUGGCGCACCGUUCUGGAUGGCAAUAACACGGAGCUGUCCAGCACGGAGCUCUCUGGCGGUGCGCGUAUCAGCUUUGUGUUCCACGAGCUCUUCUCGAACGGCGUCAAGGCGCUCGACCCCUUUGACGUUGUCAAGGACGUGGACAUUCGCACCAUUCUGUACAACUCGUCCGGUUCCUCGCCGGCCCUCUUUGUGGGGACGACGGCCUUUGAGCUGAUUGUCAAGCAGCAGAUCAAGAGGAUCGAGGACCCCAGCCUGAAGUGUGUGUCGUUGGUGUACGACGAGCUGGUGCGGAUCCUGUCGAGCCUGCUGAGCAAGCAGCUGUACCGCCGCUACCCGUCGCUGAAGGAGAAGAUGCACGGCGUGGUGAUUGCGUUUUUCAAAAAGUCCAUGGAGCCGACCAACAAGCUCGUGCGGGAUCUGGUGGCCAUGGAGGCGUGCUACGUCAACACGGGCCACCCGGACUUCCUCAGCGGGCACAAGGCCAUGGCGAUUGUCAACGAGCGCCAUAACCCGGCCAAGCCGGUGCAGGUCGACCCCAAGACGGGCAAGCCCCUGCCGCAGUCGUCGACGCCCCGGGCCACGAGCCCGACGGUGCCCGAGCCGGACAAUGCGAACGGCGGGUUCUUUGGCAGCUUCUUCGCUGCCAAGAACAAGAAGAAGGCCGCGGCCAUGGAGGCGCCCCCGCCCACGCUCAAGGCCUCUGGCACGCUGUCGGAGCGCGAGAACAUUGAGGUGGAAGUCAUUAAACUGCUCAUCUCCUCUUACUUUAGCAUUGUCAAGCGGACCAUGAUCGACAUGGUGCCCAAGGCCAUCAUGCUCACUCUCGUGCAAUUUACCAAGGAAGAGAUGCAGCGCGAGCUGCUGGAGAACAUGUACAGGACGGACAACGUCGACGACCUCCUCAAGGAGAGCGACUUUACGAUCCGCCGGAGGAAGGAGUGCCAGCAGAUGGUGGAGUCGCUCGGCAAAGCCAGCGAGAUUGUCAGCCAGGUGCAGUAG